CCUAGCGCAACAUUUGCACUUUUAGAAAAGAAUUUGGCUUUUGCCAUUAGGAAAUGAAUGGGGAAAUGCAUGGUAAAGUGUAGGGUGAACGAACAACAUAUAAGCACCUCACAAGCAAAUCAGGAGGAAUGCGGGAGGAAUGCUUAUGUUCGUAUAACUGCCCCGUAAACAAAUCAGACAUGUCCCUUCAGAGACAACUCUUUAUCAGUAACCCAUUUUAUAUAGUCAGCUCUGAUAAAGAGAUACCCAUUGGCCAUUAAGGAAAACCAACCAGUCAUUAAACAAAUGAUGUAGUCGCUCAUGGCUGGCACAGAUUGGCUAGUAUUCAAGACAAUAUAUAUCCACUAAGAAGAGGUAGGUGUCUCUUUGAAAGUACCUUUGCUUUUUGCUAACAACCUGGAUUUUGAAAUAGCAUACUGCAAUCAAUCCUGACUCCAGCUAGCUUUGAUUUCUGCCCAAAUGGGGUGUGAAGGGCAAUUCUUUAUCUAUCUACUGAGAAGUAUGCCCUGUUGAGUUCAGUUGGACUGAUUUAUGGGUAGACAUGCCUUUGUAAUUGCUUUGAUUUGCCUUUGUAAUUAAGAUUUAUUCCCUGCCAUACAGUGAGCUCUAGAUUAGGACUAUACAGUGGUACCUCAGUUUUUGAACAUCUCCAUUGACUAACAUUUUGGUUUUCGAACACUGUAAACCCAAAAGUAAAUGCUUCGGUUUUCAAGCACGCCUCGGAAGUCGAAUAUGCCAUAUGGCUUCCACCACGUGCAAGAUCCUGAGGCCUAGCUGUUGGCUGGUGAGUUUUUGGUUUUCAAAUGUUUCAGAACCUGAACAGUCUUCUGUUCAAAAACUGAGGUACCACUGUACUUUCCAAAUGCCUAUGUUUCAAAUAUAGUAGUACCUCGGGUUAAAAACUUAAUUCGUUCCGGAGUUCCGUUCUUAACCUGAAACCGUUCUUAACCUGAGGUACCACUUUAGCUAAUGGGGCCUCCCACUGCCGCCAUGCCGCUGCUGCGCAAUUUCUGUUCUCAUCCUGAAGAAAAGUUCUUAACCUGAGGUACUAUUUCUGGGUUAGCGGAGUCUGUAACCUGAAGCAUCUGUAACCUGAAGUGUCUGUAACCCGAGAUACCACUGUAAAUGCUCAUUUUGCUUAGGCAUCAGCAUCACCCUCCAAGGGACAGUGCAAGCAUCGUUUUAAACAUGCAUCCCUAUUUGCUGCAAUCCUAAGUGUGCUUACGAGGGAGUAAGUCCCAGUCAAGUCAAUGGGCUUAUUUCUGAGUAAUCCAUGGGAUCAUGCUGCAGGUUUCAGGUUCCUGGCUCAGCCAUGCAUGCUUUUUUCUUCAAGGCAGAACAGCUAAAAGCACAGCUGCGGCUGGCAGAGGAUACCCAUGCAGAAAUUCGCAAGGAGCUGGUUGAGCUUCACCACAGGCUGCAGGAGACUGAAGAGGCUCGUGACCACCAGCAAAAGGAGCUGCUGGAAAUUCGGAGGGCUGUGGCAGACGAGAACAGAGAAAAAGAAGCACUGCAGAAAUCCAACAGUGAGCUCAGAGCAGCUGUCAAGAGAGCAGAGAAUGAGAGACUCAGGUAGGUAGCCUUGGUGCUGGACAGGCGCGUUGCUGGCAUAGUGGCUAUCGGCUCACAGCACUUUUAGAGGUUACCAGUAAUGAGAGAUUAUGACCCUGUGCAUCUGCUGCAGCUUGCAGAGAUCCGAAGAGGAGAAGGAGCAGAAGAUUGCUGUGCUGGAGGAAGCAAAAGCAGCUGUUGAGGGAGAGGUGGGGGAGGUCCGAGCAAAUCUACGAGAAGUGGAGAAGUCCCGCAUGGAAGCGCGAAGGGAGCUGCAGGAGCUGCGCAGGCAGGUAUAACUGUGUCUUAGAACUCUCUCCCCACACCCUUCUUAUCACAACCCUAAGGAUAUAAUAAUUGCAACAAGAGAUCCUUGACAUCGCCCAAUAUUGGAUUCUUUAUUCAAAGCCACUUGUAGCUGCUACAGACGCUGUCAAAACACAAGGUUGUAGGUACAGUAUCUAAGCAGAGGACAAGAGAAGAAUCAUCACCGCCACCCAAAAUGUCUUUCUGGCUUGUUUAAUUUGCACCUGAAAAUUCCUAUGAAAGAGCCUUGAGACCUUGAUCCUCCGUCAUAAUUCCUACCCAUAAAGCCCCUCUUCUUUAAUAUUCCCACCUGUAUCUCCCGAUAGGACUGUCGGUUCUACUCCCAACCCCUUUGGGGUUCCUUACAUCCAGUUGAGGCUGGUCCAUUAGAGUGAGUGAGACUUCCUCACCAGCCUUGGUCUGCCCUCAGCUAGCACCACCACCACCACCACCCCACCUGCCUGCCUGUUCUCUACAGGGGAGUUGCUCUGCUUGUCAUUGGCUGUGGCUUCGCCUGCUAUUGCGGUUCCUCCAGACUGGUGUUUUGUUGUGGGUGUAUUCUGCAGUGGUGUUCUUGACAUCAUAAUAGUGCAUUAGUGCUAGGUUUAUUUAUUCUGCUUUAGGUUGUUCUGCAAUACUUCUGCAAUGCUACCACACUGUUGCUGUCCAGAGGGGCAGUCCCGAGUGGGACAAAAAUAAACCAGAACAUUUGUGGUACAAAAAGUUGCAGGAUUUAAACAGGAAGUUGCGGGAUACGCACUGAUUUGGAAAGGAAGCAGUGUGGCCACCCCAAAAUGUUUGCAGGUGCAAAUAGUAUUGAAAGUGGAGUAAUGUGUGGGACACACACCCCCGGUAAUAUAACAAGCACAAAUAACAAUAAUUGUGCAAUAAAAAUGAUGUCUGGAGGGGGGGCCCUUGGCUUCUUUGUCUUCUGUCCUACUAGCCCUAUAUAGUCAAUCAUUUCACUCUAACACCAAUUGCCAAAUGUGACAGUAGGGAUCCCCUCCCAGUGUGGUGUAGUGGUUAAGAGUGGCAGUCUCGUAAUCUGGGGGACGAGGUUUGCGUCUCUGCUCCUCCAUAUGCAGCUGCUGGGUGACCUUGGGCUAGUCACACUUCUCUGAAGUCUCUCAGCCCCACUCAGCUCACAGAGUGUUUGUUGUGGGGGAGGAAGGGAAAGGAGAAUGUUAGCCGCUUUGAGACUCCUUCGGGUAGUGAUAAAGCGGGAUAUCAAAUCCAAACUCUUCUUCUUCCUCUUCUUCUUCUUCCUCUUCUCCCCCCACCCACACAGAAGCUUUUCGUGUGAGCUGAGCUUCUGAGCAUAGAGCCCAUACAAUAGAUAAUACCCAGAGUUCUGGCAUACCUUUUGCAGGUGAAGGCCUUAGAGAGUGAGAACAGCAAAAAAGCCCAAGAAAUCAGUGAACUGCAGCAUCGGUUGCUCGAGGAGGAGCAGCAGGAGCAGCAGAACAGCAAAGAGGCUCUGGAACUGAAGCAGAAGAUAGCCGGACUGGAGAUCAGCCGUGAAUCUGCUCACAAGGAGGUAACGUGGUGGUGGGUGGUGGAGGACAAGGUGCAGGAGAUGGAAGAAGUAGUGAAACGUAAGCUGGGAGAGUUGAGGAGGGCAGCUUACUCUUCUUCCAUCUCCUGUGUCUUGUCCUCCAAGAGGUGGUAGUGGAGAUAAGUUGCAUGGAGGGUUGCAUUCAGAGGGGAGAAGACAAGUGUAUCUGUGUGGACCGGGUUUCCUGCAGCCUCAUCUACUUUAGCUCUGAAUGUGCAGCAGGAUAGUGGUAGCUGGCUGGAUAUAAAUCACUUUUAUACACGUAGGUGAAGAACCAUGAGUGCAAGCUACAUUUAUAGCUGUGCUUGGCUUCCCUGUGUCCUGAGAAGGUGGUGUGGACAGUGGUAGUGCCCAUACAUUGCCAUGGCCUGCCGACCUUGUUUUCUUUCAGGUGCUGAGCUUGCGGAAGAAGCUGUCUGCCAUGGAGGCAGAAAGCCGGCUUCAGGAGCAAGACCUUGCGCAGAGCCUUGCCGAGAGCCAUGCAAAGGAGAAGAAGCUGAAGGAUGAUCUUCAUCACCUGGAGAUGAAGCUGCAGGAAGCCAGCAGGGCAGGCGAGAGCCUCCAGAUGUGCCUCAGCACCUGUGAGGGGCGUUCCCAAGGCUUGGGAAUAGAACUAGCCAAAGCGGAGGCAGCCAAGAGGGAGGUGGAGCUGAAGCUCGUGGCACUGCAUUCGGCUCUGCGCCGCACGCUGGGGCUUGGCAGCCGGAGUCCAUCGCCACAAAGAUCCUGCUCUCCAGUCAAAGGUCAGAAGGCUCCUAACCAGGAUAGCCUUCAUAUGCUGUGCAUUAAAUUUCAGCUAAGCGAUAACUGCAGUAGACAUCAACCUCUAAUUGUGGUAAUGAAAUAUGCUCAUAGCUAAGGAAAUUAAUCUUAUCGGGGCUGGACAACCUUCUGUUGAACGCCACAUUCCCUUGAGGGAAUCUGUUGGAGGCCACACAUCACUGUGGUCAAAAGUUGAUAGGGCCACCAAACAUUUUUCUUUUUCUUUUUCUUUCUCUGCUUUCCACCACCCUUUUUCCUUUAGUCUCUGCCAACUCCUUCCUUCCUUCCUUCCUUCCUUCCUUCCUUCCUCUCUCUCUCCCUCUCUCUCUCUCUCUCUCUCUCUCUCUCUCUCCAUAUACAGUGGUACCUCAGGUUAAGAACUUAAUUCAUUCUGGAGGUCCAUUCUUAACCUGAAACUGUUCUUAACCUGGGGUGCCACUUUAGCUAAUGGGGCCUCCUGCCCCUGCCGCACGAUUUCUGUUCUCAUCCUGAAGCAAAGUUCUUAACUCAAGGUAUUAUUUCUGGGUUAGCGGAGUCUGUAACCUGAAGCAUCUGUAACCCAAGGUACCACUGUAUAUUUAUGCUACCCCCUGUGUGCCACCCACUGGACUAGAUUGAGGGCUGCAGGUUGCCCACCCCUGAUAUAUACCAAUGCACCUGGUACAGCUAUAAGGGGUAGGAAAUGUGCUUGUUUUCUUAAAUUAAGGUCAUUUGCCACUGCUUAAGCAGUGGUCUUGGUGAGCAACCAGGGAGUGCUGUCAUAGCUCAGUGGUAAAGCAAGUGAUUUGUGUGUAGAAGCACUUGCUUCCCAGAUUCAAUUCCUGGCUUCUCUGGUUCAAAAGAUGCCAAGUAACGGGGCUGAGGAAGACUGAGCUAGGUGGACCAUUGGUGUCCCUCUGUAUAAUCAAGCUGCAUGUAUUCACUGCUGUGCUCAGGAUUCCGUUUUCAGUUUGUAAGACUGCUAUUGAAAGCCAAGUCCUGCCUCUGGCAGUGGUUGACUCAUGCCCUGACUGCUACUGCCCAAAGGACAUUUUUCAUCAUCACAUCAUGCAUCUGAUGGUUGUGUAUGUAACAGGCCUCUCAGUCCUGGGAAGAGGUCAUAAUUCAGUGGGAGAGCACCUGACAUAGUUCAGUCAUUGCACAUCCAAUUAAAAAGGAUUAGGUAUCAGACGAUGGGAAAGAUCUCUACCUGAGACCCUGGGGAGUUGUUGAUAGUCAGAGUAGACAAUGCUAGGAGUAUAGAGAACCUAAGCUUUGUAUGCUUCCUAUAUUUAAAGACCCCUUUAAAACGUUUUGCUGAGUUGUGCAGAAUUUCCUUCCCCUUAACCAUCUUGAAAUCCUGAUCAGAGCCUCCCUCUUUGGCUUCUGAGACUUUAAGAAUUUAUGUUUCCACAGGAAGCAGUGGCCGGCAGACACCUGCCUCCCACACUGGGUCUCCUGAGAGGAGCCGCUCACGUUCCCCAUUUCACCAACGUUCUCCUCUCAGAGGUGACCAAGUCACAAGUGAAAUUAACCCGGAUGUAGUUCGAGAUGCUUUGAGGGACUUCCUUCAGGAGCUGCGGGACACUCAGAGAGAGAGGGUGAGUAAUGUCAUCUCUUUCAUUUACUGUUUUUCUCGUAUGUAUGUAUUCAUGUAUGCAUCCCAUGAAGCUCUGGAAAGCAUGAGGUUAGGGUAAUGAGGUUGAGACCAGUUGGGACCUUAUGCCCACCAGCUCUUGACUUCUAUAAUCCCUCCAUCUGUAAGAAUUUGUGCGCACACAAUCAUAGUGUCAGCAAUGCGAUAUAUGACACAUUACCUCACAUUACUGAAAGACAUGCGUACUGUUUGUGGGGCUGCACAUAAUUAGACCUGUGUUAAGGACUCACUAUGCUAUAGGUAGGGGAGCCUUCUGCAGUCCAAGGGCCACAUUCUCCUCUAGGCAACCUUCUUGGGGCCACAUACCAAUGGUGGGCAGGGCUAGAGGCAAAAGUGAGCAGGAAAAUGGAUGCAAAUUUUACCUUAGUACAGUAGGCUAGUUUCUAUGCACACACACACAUACACACACACAUCUCUAUCCUUUAUCCAGACAAGCAAGAGGCACUUUUAGACAAAAAAUGGACGCAGGUGGUGCUGUGGUCUAAACCACUGAGCCUCUUGGGCUUGCUGAUCAGAAGGUUGACGGUUCAUGAAGCUCCCGUUUCUCUGUCCCAGCUCCUGCCAACCUAGUAGUUUCGAAAGGACAUCAGUGCAAGUAGAUAAAUAGGUACCGCUGUGGCGGGAAGGUAAACAGUGUUUCCUCCAUGUGCCAAAAGCAGUUUAGUCAUGCUGGCCACAUGGCCCAGAAAGCUGUCUGUUGAAAAACACUGCCUCCCUUGGCCUGAAAUGAUGAGUGCCACAACCCCAUAGUUGCCUUUGACUGAACUUGGAUGACCAGGGGUCCUUUACCUUUACCUUUUUUUUUUCCUAUUAGACAAAAUGCCAGAACAUUUUCCAGACAGGCAGGGCCAGUGAGAGUGUGGCUUGGGGAGUGUUUUGAAUCCCGAUUGAGAGGCCUUCACUGCAGCUGUGAACUCACUGACUAGCUUUGGACAAAUCACCAUCUCAGCCUCAGUUCUCCAAAUGUAUAAUGGGUACAGAUUAUCAAUGUAAAGAUUACAAAGUGGUUUAGAAAAUAUUAAACAAGCACGACCAAUAAAUAUAACUGAAAUGAUCAAUGUGAGAUCACUUCUCCAAGCCUCUCCCUGUGGCCUGAGCCUCUGCCUACAUGCCUUUUCCUUUCCUCCCAGUAUUUUACUGUAAAAGUCUCAACCUUUCUUCCCCAUGCCCAGUCCUGACACUCAGACCACCCCCUGCCAAAAACAAGGCAUUAAAAAAAAUCCGUAUUUCUGCAAAAAACAUUUUGUAACUAGAGCAAAAGCAUGCAAAUCAAGUAAAUAUGUGUAAAAAAUGUGUGAUUUAUUACAGCCACGUAAUGUAAUUAUUUUUUAGCACAGAACUUUAGACCUUUUGAAUGCAUGUUGUUCCAUGCUUUUCUCAGCCCAGGCCAGAGAAAGGAAGAGUAGAUUCCACUCCCGGCAGGGCGCAGGCUCAGGACCACUAGUUUGCUUAGGUUGUGCAAGGACCCACUUCAUUCGCCCUGCCUUCCAAUCCAUUAGGCUAUCCCAGUUCUCUUUAGCAGGAGCCAACCUAGCUCAGCUUGACCCCAAGUUGACUUCGAAGACAUAUGUUUAGCAACGUUCAAGGGCAGUUCAGCCCUUUCUCUGUCAUGUGCUAUUUAUUGCUCAAAAGCAUGCCUCUUAUAAAAAUGCAUAAAUAUUUAUACUGUACCAGAAUAAUUAAAAAAACAUGGUCUGUCACAAUAAUCAUAGCAUCAGAUCAUCCAGUGGCCUUUCUGACAAAUGGAGAAACGGAGAAAUUUUUUAAUUCUUUUGGGCUGCAUAAAAUCUAAGGCAUUCCUUGCUUUGUUGUCUUGUCCCACCAGGAUCUUAGAGUUCAGUGUUAACAUGCAGCAACCAAAAAGAAUGUCUACAAUCAAUAACAUCUUUCAGUUAGCAGCUUUGUAGCCCUGGCCUAUUCUCCUUUGCUCAAAAUUAAAUCCCAUUGAGUUCAAUGGGUCAUGCAGAUUACAACCUUAACUGUUCGUGUUUACUCAGUGUUCAGUGUGACUUAUCCCUGAGUAAGUCUACAUAGACGUGCAUAAAGGAAACUAGUGUGCCCUGGAAAUACUUUGGUGAGGCCUGUUGUUUUCAAAUUAUUAUUGCCUCAGGCCCCAGUCUCAGGGAAGACUACUCAGUGUAAUGCUUAAUUUGUAAAAUAAUAGCAUGCUUUCCAACAUUUUAUAGAUGAAAAACAGGACAUGCUUGUAAUGCCCCUGUUCUCAGACUAAGGGAUUGCUGCUUUAGCACUCCCCACCUCAGAUACAUAUUGCUGAUGACUGCAGUUAGACCUUUGGAUGACAAGGUCAAAGGAGUUGUAAAGGAAGAUGAAGAAAUUGCAGAGAAGCCAAAUGAUGGGACAGAAAUAGCAAAAGGGAUGCAUUAAAAUAAAAUGCAGUUUCAUAUCCCAGGUGUACUUCUUGGUCUUCUCUGGUGAGAAGCUAAGGAUAUCAAGAGAAUGUCUAUAUAUCUUGUUUCCAGGAUGACCUGAGGAUUCAGGUUAUGAAUAUGAGCCGUCAGCUGAAUGAAAUGGAAUCUGAUCGUGACCGGACAAAAAGUCGCAUCCUGCAACUCCAGAAGCUCCUAGCAGACUGUGAGGAAGGCAUGUUCUCCUUUCUUUCCAUCCUUUAUCCCUUUCUAUACCUCUCUGUGGAUGCCUUCUUUCUUUAUCUUGCUGAUGUGACUCUUUGCUGGCUUGUUGUGGCAGAGCUCACAGCUCAGUAGAAGGCAGCUUCCAAUGUCCCUAUGUAGGCAUGUGUAAUGAAGCUUUAACAUUUUUUAAAAAUGGAAAGUGCAGUCUAGAACAGGACGGCCCAAGCUUUCUUACCAAGAAUACGUCACCAUGGAACCUGCAGGCCGCACACUGCCUUGUCGUGUGGGGUGUGUGCAAAACUUGACACACACACACUUCAGCCCUCACACUGCCUUCCCAAAGACAGGUAAGCAAGGUGCUGGGGUUUGGGAAGGAGGCAUGAGGCUCCAGCUGGAUUCUAAAGCCCUUUCACCUCCUUCCCAAAGCUGGAAAAGCACCAACUAAGCUUUGGGAAGGAGGUGGGAGGACUCUAGGACCCUGUCAGAGCCUUCCCACCUCCUUGCCAAAGCCCAGGGCAUCUCUUACCUGGCUUUGGGAAGGCAUCAAACAUGGCCAAGGGCUACCAAAAAAGGCCUCAAGGACCACAUGCAUGUUGGACCACCCUAGUCUAGAGGCUUCCUUAAUCCUUUUGCUACAGAGCAUUGGUCUUUUCAGAAUCGUUACCCCAAGCAGCUCACUUGGGAAGGUUCCAGAUGUGUGUUUAACCACAAAUGCAUCUGGAACACUGGAAGGCAGAAAACGGCUUGGUAAGGCUGGGAUAAAGGAUAAAGCAUUCGUCUCCCUUGCUGUUUAUUUGCUCAGAAUGGCAACCUCCCAAAGGUGCUUUUCAUUUUUGUAAAAAUGGGGGGACUUUACAUAUCAUGUAUACUUUGAACAACAAUCAAUUGAACAUUUCUUUAAAAAUUGUUCUAAAGAGCAAAUGCCAUGUGGGUCUAUGCUCUCAGACAGGCAGGUGCUCCUAAGGCAAUUCCCGGGGCGAAACCUUAAUCAACCAUACAACUUUAGCUGUGUAAAAUACUAGUCUGAUUUCCUUCAUAUAAUUGGAUAUCAGAGGAGUUUGGAGAAAACAAGAAAGAUGCCAGCAGGCUGUCUUUCCCUAUUGGUUUGUUCCCCGUCUCCUGACAUACCCCCUUUGUACAAAUAGAUCCUUCUUUAGGUUUAGGUUUAGGGCAGUUGACAGCUUCUUCCCUUCCAGAGGGAUGGCAAUUUGUAAGUGUGGCUUUUAUCUGGAAGGACAUUCAGUGUCCUCCCCAAAGCAUAGGUUCAGCUUAGCCAGGCAGGCAAAGCAAUGCAAGAGCGCAUGGAUGAAUGGUUUUUAAGUACACACCCCAUUUUGCAGCCAUCCUUUCCUUUAAAAAGCAACCUUUUGUUUUCACUUGCAGGCAAGCGGGAAGCAGACGGGCGCCUAAGCAGCUCACAGGCAGCACUGAUGCUGCAAGAGGAGACGGCUAGGAAAGCGGAAAGAGCGCAGCAGGCCCUUGCAGAUCAGGUGGCAGCCCUGGAGCGCAACUUGCACAUUUGUCAGGAAAAGAACAGGGAACUGCAGGUGGGCAGAAACCCUCUCCCUGGAGGGGAAAGGCAUUCAGUGACAUGUCAUGGGGCUGCUCCCUCCUAAAGGCCAUUUCACAUGUCGUGUGUCCAUAAACUUAGGUUUGCCAUGGAGUGUACGCUGCUGCAGCCAGCCCUUGCAUACCUGUAUGAGCGUACCUGUAUGAUACACAUUUCUGAACGCUUUCUUCUCAUCCACACUUUGCAGUUUUAGGUGUACACUUUAAAAUACCUUGUGUGUGUGUAGACACAUACGCUCAAAGCAGUCCUAACAGUAAUUGAUGGCAAAAUGCCCUACAGGGUGGGGGAAGAGAAGUUAAUAUUAUUGCAACCAAAGUUGCUAAUCCUAAAAUGUAGAUGCUGGGACUUCCUUUUUGGUAGAUAUGCAUGGAAUUGAGCUACAAGGCACUUUAACUGCAUGAAUGAGCAAACUGUUUUGUGAAGCUUAUUAAAAAGCAGUCCAAAAAAUAUUUUAAAUACGCAUAUCUCAAAGAUCUAUAAAUACAAAUACCUUUUAAAAAAAUCAAGAGCUAAAGAGGGUUUGUAAAGAGUUAAGCAGUGAGUAGGGGGGUAUAAGGGUAUAACUUGCUUUAAUGCACACACAAAUUACCUACUCUGCUUCUUAAAAUAGAGGUGUGAGCAAAUUAGUGCUAGAGAAACCCCAGCGGAAGAAUUGCUGCUUUUUCUUCUUCUGAAGGGACUUUACCCAGCUGUUUAAAGAGCACUUUUUAUUCCAACUGGCACCCUCAAGCAAGGGUCUGGCUGUGUUGACUGCUUGGGCUAACAUGGACUGUUUGGGUGGAGUUUCAUCCUGUGUACAUUAUCACCUGUCUCCAUAAAAAAUAUUGAUUCUUUCCAUUUCUCUCUGUAAUGCUACCAUAAGGCUGUGUGAUGUGGUAAGUUUCCAUGUAAACGGCGGUCUGUAAUUCACAUUGUGAUCUUGGCAAUAUGCUGAGUGGUGGCACUUUUAUCCAGAUGGUGGCUAGAGGCUAACGGUGUGCGAGGUGGGUGUUGGGACCAUCCUGAAUACUGCAGCUUAGUCCUGGGUCCUGAGCUGGUAAAUAAAUGAGCUUGGGAGUGUUGCUCACCCUUUCAACACUCCCAACCAGUAAUGGCAGCACACAUCACUAAUGUGCAGCCUGAAGUUCCCUUCUUUCCCUCUCCCCUUCUUUCAUUUUACACCUCUCUUUGAAGCUCAGAUAUUUUAUCAGUAGGCUGACUCAGGGCGCACCAUUAGGUAGGGUGAAGCAUCUGUCUCAGGCAGCACAUACCGAGGGUGGGGGUGGAGGCCCACCUACCAUACAUAGCCCUUGAGCACCCUAAGCUAGCCUGCCUUGCACUUCCCAAAAUAUGUGGCCCUCAUGGAUUGGGGGAGGGUGCCAUAUUAUCCUUAGAAUAUAUUGAAUCAGACCUGCACUCAUUUCUCAUUGCUUUAUAAAUGGGUACACAUUCACACAUACAGUACAGCUUGCUUUUGCUCCACAUCAGGCCCAGCGCUGGUUCUUGCGCCUGCACAGCAAGGCUGCAAUGGCAUCCAGUCUUGUUCACAAAGGACUUUCUCCUUUUCCUCCGCAAGUAUAGACCAAAACAAAAGUGACCAGUGGUGUUCAUGCUAGGGUUUUUUUUUAAUUAUUAUUCUAGGAGAAAGUCAACAAGUUGAAAACCAAGGAAGCCAAGCUAGAGACAGAGAAGUGGAAGCUGAAGGAAGUCCUGGAGGUGGCAGAGAGUAGGGCCACCAAGUUGGAUCUGAGCCGCAGGGCUGCUGAAGGAGAACUGCAGCGGGCCCAGCUCAGCCUCACUGAGAGGGAAGCAGAGAUCCAGUCCCUGCAGGAGCAGACCCAGGCGCUCCGCUGCCAGUUGGGAGACAAAGAGAGCAAAACCACCCAGCUGCAGCAGGAGCUAGACCACUUGACCCAUUCUCUGGCCAGGACUGAGGGCACGGAAAGCCACCUAAAAGACCGGGUGCAAAGCCUGUCUCAGGCUCUGUCUGAUGCUACUGCUGGCUCCUCCUCCCUCCAGGAGAACGUCUCCCAACUGCAAAGGGCCCUGACUGCUGCAGAGCAAGACCGUCGGCUACUCCAGGUAGUAGGAAUCAGCUGCUUCAAAUGUUCAGCCACUGCCUGUUUGUGUGCGAAGAGAGAGCAUCUCUCCUGAGCCAAAUAGUAUGUGCCCCCCUGUAAAAAGUGUUGUGUAGACCAGCCCCACCCCAAUGCUGAGCACCUGCUACAUCCAGUGGCCACCUACUCCCCAAAUGAUCUAGCCCUAUUUCCUUAUGAUACCGCAAAUUGCAAGGGGUGGCACAUGCAGAAUAAUAUAUGUUAGCAAAAAUGAAGGGCCUAACUGUUUUAUGUUGUGCAUGUGUGCACAGGUACAAUAUACCGGUAUAUGGGUAACAUAGUGUGUGUUGUGUAGGAAUAGAUGAAUCUGUCAAUUUUUGGUUCGCUCAAUUUCUUUUUUCUAGCCUUAUCUUCAGUACUCCAAAUUUUUGUUUUAUUUAAUAAAACAACCCUUAUGACAAUUCAUCAGCAUUUUAGUGCUCCUAAUACAUUUUUGCAUGCAGUUUUGACAAAUAUACACAUUUCUGCAAGCCCGUUUCCCUGAUAUGAUGCCUUUUUGUAUGGUAUUUUUACUAAUAUAGUGGUACCUCGGGUUACAGAUGCUUCAGGUUACAGAUGCUUCAGGUUACAGACUCCACUAACCCAGAAAUAGUAUCUCGGGUUAAGAACUUUACCUCAGGAUGAGAACAGAAAUUGCGCGGCGGCCGCAGCAGGAGGCCCCAUUAGCUAAAGUGGUACCUCAGGUUAAGAACAAUUUCAGCUUAAGAAUGGACCUCCAGAACGAAUCCAGUUCUUAACCCGAGGUACCACUGUAUAUGCUUUUUUAUGCACACUUUACCCAACACGUUGCUUGGCUGGAGAACUUCACUGCAAAAUUCAGAGAAGUGCAAAUUUUGAAUGAUGGCUGUGUUUCAGUUUGCCUAUUGUUCUGGAAAGUGUGCAUUUGGUAAAUUCACCUUUACUGUGAACAGAGUCAAAUUUCUCCCCUGACUCUAGUGUUGGGUGACUCCAGGAAAGUUCAUGCUUUGGCUUGGAUCCGCUGUAGUUUCUACAGGCCCUAUUGUUUUGUACAAAAUACUCUCUCCACCCAUUCCUCCCAAGGAACAUAUGAAAUUGCAAACUAACUGAAAGAGUUGAGUUUUUGUCUGGUUCAAAAGCCCUGUGGAAGUUGGGAAUAGCCAUAGGCUGGCUCCAGGAGUAUCUGAGACAGAGGCUGUGGUUAAAAUUAUUGGAGCCAAUGAAGCGAAAAGGCUGGCCUAAGUGUCUAUAUCUACCUUCUUACUAAGUCCCUUCAAUGCAAUGCAAAUACUCAACAUUCUGAUCAGACAGCACGCAAUCUUAACGUAUGUUGGAAAGAUUCCUUACGCUGGGGUGUAUCAUGUCUGGGCCUUUCUAACAACUCAAAACAAAAUUCCAAAAUGCAGGUCCUUUUUGCCAUACCUCCACGAUUAAACCAACACUUAGCAAUCACCUAGAUGUAAAUAAUCUGGAUGGGCCAUAGCUCAGUGGUAGAUGACAUGCUUCUCAUAAUGUCCCUGGAACUUCUUUGUGAGACUGAGAGAAAGCCCUGCCUGAAAUAAUGGAGAGCAGCCGCCAGUUUGUACAGGCAGCACUGAGCUAGAUGGUCCAAUGGUCUGACUUGAUAUAAGGCAGCGUCUUGAGUUCCUUAUUCUUUUCUGGAGGGAUGUCCAUACAGAGAGUAAAACACUUUCCAGCACGACAACUAGUUCCUUUCUGCUGGCUUGAACUGACAAGAGACUAGAAGCAGCAUGAUGAUUUGGCUGUGUAUGUACGAAUCACAAAAAAAAUGGUAUUUGACCAAUAAAUCUCACCACAAACAGUACAUAUCAAUUCAACCAAGUGGUUUUGGCCCAUUCUGUUUCUUUCUUUCCCCCCAGUAGAUUAUAUUAAAGUUUGAAAGAAAAUAUUCAAAGAUUAAUAUCAAAUAUCCAAUACCUUUUUAAUGAAAGAUAAAACACUAAUCUAAAUAAAAACACAAAAGAAAUGAAAAGAAAAGAGGAAAGGAAGCUAAAAGAAAAAAGAGAGAGCUUCCAAUUUAUAAUGGUAUGGGGUUGCUCAUGCGUAAAUUGCCGCCUCUCUCCCUGCUAUGUUGCCUUGUUAAACCUUUCUGUCUGGACAGCCCUUCAAUUCAUGGCUGCCUCAGUCGCUAGCAGAAUCCGUCAGUGGGCGUUUCUUAAAUCUUUUCCAACAUAAAAGUUGCUUGACACCCAGUCUCCUCCUACUCUCUCUGCGCGGAAGUCUUCUGCGCAGGGUGGGCGUGGGUAGCGGAGGACCCGUGCUCUCCCCGCUGGUGUCCGGUGAAGAGUCUUGGAGCCCUCUCGCCGAUUCCCCAUCAGCCCCUCUCUUUCCCUGGUGUUGCGCUGAUUAGCUUCCCCCUCUGCGGAGCUGCCUCUCUCCCUGCUGGGCCCUUCUCCAGCAUCAUUUGAGAGCCUUCCCUCCGCCUCGAGCUCCGAUGUCAGUUCCCUGACACAAUUCUUCGUCUGUCAGCUACAUAUAGAAAAUUGUCUAAAACAACCACUCCAAGGUAACAUUCAACAAUUCCAUUUUCUAUAAACCACUGUUUUCUUCAGUCCUCAAACCCAGAUAUCAUAAGUUCAUUUUCUUUUUCACAUGAAAAGUCUAUAAGGAGUUUCCAAUCUUUAGUAGGCCCAUUCUGUUUCAAUGGAUUUCUUUUCCCCCUGUUUCAGGAUCGCUUGGACUCGAUGCGGCAUGCAUUGUCAGAGAGCAAGAGGCAGAACCAUAGCUUGACGGAUACAGUACAUUUGCUGCAAGAUCAGCUGGGUGAGAUGGAGCUGCGAUGCAGAAACCUGGAAGGGCAGUUGGAACAUCUCCAAGAAGUGAGUAACGAUGAGGAGAGGAGGAUGAAGCAAGAAACAGUGGUCUUGUGGAUGUAACUAUCUCACACUUGUGAUUAUAUGGAUUGCAGCAGGCCACAUCUCACAAGCAUCUAUUGGAGAGUGCCCAUGCUUUCACUGGUGAUGAGUGACAAAGCUUCCUUUUCUAACCCCAUGCAAAUUUAGGAAUUCCAUAGCACAGCUAAUCCAAGCCAGUUUUCUGGUCAGUGCUGGUCCACUGUUUGGUACUUCCAGGAAGCCCACUGGGACUUCUACAGGCUUGUUGUCAGCAGAUCAGCGCUGACAUUAAGGCUCACAAUUGUUUCUUGGCAGCUGCAUUUCCAACUGCUUCACACCUGAUGUUGCAUAUGACAACAGUUGUGAGACAGGUGGCUUUGGUUUGGGGGAAAUGGCCUCACAGGCCAAAUUGGAAUCUAAUUUGGCCAGUGUACUGAAGGUUCCUCACUGCUGAUCUCAGGCUAAAGGAUUGUUACUCACCUUUGCAGAACCUAUUGUUCCAUCUCAUCUUUCAAGUGCACAGUUUUGUUGAAGAAGGGAAUUAUACCCACCUGAGCAUUCAGGAAUAUUAUCAACUGCCUUCUUCUGUGGCAGCCAAGAAACAGAAACGAUAAAAAUUCUUACCAAGCAAUUGAUUCAAUAAUUCACAGAGAGUGACAAAGGAAUGCAGCCUUCCCUAAAUAAUGGCGCUGCUCCAAGUAAAGUCCCACCCACCUACAUCGUCCCUAUUCUAUGUCACCCCUGUGUCAGCUAAUCUGAGCUUUCUGCCUCUGAGCUCUCUGUUCUACUACCCACAAUGCACGCCUAGACCUGGGAGGGGGGUGGUCAGGAAUGCUUUCCAAGGACACUGAGUCUGUCAGCUGUCUCUCCCCUGGUGCUUCUUCUUCCUGCUGUUCCUCUCCCAAUAUUUCCCAGCUUCUGCCCUCUGCAGCCUCUCAACUAUGCCCUUCUGCAAACCACUGUUCUAAAUCUAUACUGUCCUGUUCUUGGGAAGGUUCAGGAGAAGGCCCUCACCAUUCCUCCUCAGUCCAGCCCCUGACAUCAUCUGAGCCCUAGCAAUAGGUUAAGGCUGGAACCCCAAAGCAGAUUCUAAGAGCAUUAUGCACCUCCCAUGGGGCCUGAACCCAGGACUUGCUUAGCUAGGAUGAAACUUUAGUUAAGAGAUUCUGAGCUGAAGGAGUCUAUUGGAGACACUUUUGUUGCAAAUCUAAUUACUUAUUUUAAUUCCCUUCCUAUUCUAGAGCAAUCGUGACAGAAUUGGAUUUGUUAAGAUACAGAUUUCUAAAAAUAAGAGAACAAUUUACUUCCUUGGUAACUCCAGGAAGUGUUUCAUGGAUGAUGUAUUGGUAUCUCCCUCAAUAGAACCUCAGCCAGCUUGGUCAAAAUCUUCACAAAAUUGAUAGAUUCUGACAAAAACCUUCUCCCUGCAAAAAAAUUAACUAGCAACCUCUAAUCAUCAGAAGAUGGGAGGCACACAAAGAAGGUUGAACAACCUUUUUAAAAUGUUCUAACAAUUCCCCGAUUCUUGUUCAGCCUUUUCCAUCUAGUGACAGAAGUAUAUUUGAAAAUGCUUAAGGGGUCCUUGAUAAAAUAAUUGCUUUGGACUGACAUUUAAAGUUUCUCUCCUGGAACCUUGUGGGCUAGAGUAACGAAUUAUAUUAUUUGGCUUUUAUUACUCCCUCCCCCCCCCCCCCGAAUUUGAUAUUCUGUGCUGGCAAAAGCAUAGUCCCUAGAGUCAAAUCCUCCUUCACUACAGGGAUAUUAUUCAUAUAUUAUUCCUUUGGUUAAAACAAAUUUGAAAGGGAGGCUAUUGGACGCUUAGUUACUUCCGUUUCAGUUUACCUAGAUGUUAACAUUCAAACGUUGAAUAGUAUUUAUCAGCAAAAUUUUCAAGUACCUUUGUUUCAGGGUAAGCAGAUGGAUACUCUGCUUUGUAUGAAUGAUUGUUGGUACAUCUUGAAUUUCAGUUUCCUAAAGCUAAAUUUGUACUAUGUGAAGAUUUUUAACUCACAAAUUGGCUCUGGCCUAUGUGGGUGAGCAGAAAACACUCUACUACUAGUAAGGCAAGCCUUUUUCUUAGAUAGAACAUUGCAUGAUGAAUUCUGGCCUGAAACUUCUUGAACUUUUAUCCUUUCAUCAACUGUAUUGUCUUUGUGGUACUAAAUAUGAUAGGAACUCAUGCCUUUUACUCCAAUUGAGGGGCUAGUGAGGGCCUCAUGUUGUCAUUUUCUUUUUUUUAAAUCUGAGGUUCAUAAGUUUAGUAGCAGGGUUGAAAGUGAUCAUUAUUUGACAAUUCUGCUAUAUAAUACUAAGGUGUGAUCUCAGGUAUGGGGCACGUGGACAAGACUGGGGGGAAACAGCCUGGUGAGCCUAAUCUUACCUGUGGGCUAAAUGUUCCCGUUGACUGCCUUACAGCUAUCUGUGCUGUUGGCCAUGAUUAUUGACAGAUAUUAGACUUUUCUUAAGAGUAGCUGCUGGGCCAGAAGAUGUUCCACAUUCAAACUUAUUUUGUCCUUUCUACUUAAGUUUCCUAUUUUAUUGGGAUUACACUCUGAAACCACCCCGGGAAAGAUAUGUUAUUUGUUGCCAGAGACUGACCUUUCUGCAGUGUAUACGGUGUCUCCUUUUGUACUUGGUGAUACAAGGAUAAAUGGAAAAAUGCUUUUGGAGAUAUCUACAAAUUGUCAUGAUGAUGCCCUUAUUUGAGAGCGAGAAAGAGAGUGAUUGCCUGUUUUUCUUAUCCCUUGUUUUUUAUCCUUGAGUCUGGCUUUUAUUUACUAUAUUUUACAUUUUUCUUACAUGGCGGAGUGGAUGAAACUUCAGUACCAAGUGUUAGUAGAGUGGCUGUGAGCAGGAUUGACUCCUGCAUUUGUCUACUCUUGUGUAAUAUAAUGUAAUGUAAUGUAAUGUAAUGUAAUGUAAUGUAAUGUAAUGUAACAGUGUAAUAUAAACAAAUAGCAUUAUGUAUGCUUUUCCUAAUUCAUAUGCAUUCCAUAUUAACUUUAGUAUAGAAUAAUAGUGAAGAAACAUGAGAAAUUUUAAAAAAUACAAUGCUUAUUCUGACCUAGUUAUAUCCCUUCACAAGAAUGCAUGCUUGUAGCUUAUGGCACUCUGCAUCUUUAGGUUUCAAAGGAUAGAUAUCAGUAAUAAACUUCCAUUAAUUUGCCUUUAGGCUAUAUGUAUAAAUACAUGUGUUAUUCAGUGGUUUACACUAUAGGGUAUGGACCUUUCACGUGGCUGUUUUGGAAAAUGUAGAGAUGAAAAGAGAACCUUGCUCAGUCCCUUUCUGUCCCUUCAGGCACGGAACUUCAGUCACUUUCUGCAAGUGGAGAGAGAGUGUUUGUUGGGUAUAACUUUUGUUUCGUGGCCCCUGUCCAAUGACUUCCCAGUACACACAAAAUUACUGCUCUCCAAUUCUUUGAAUGCAGUCCAAACAAUGCAUUCAGAACUCUUCAUUAAAGUAAAAUCUCAGCUCUCACAAGCGCACAUUUAUGCAUGCACAUCCUCAGGCUACCUGCUUUCCCCUCCUCUUCAGAGAAGCAACCAACAACACACAGCUCCAAGGAGCUGGUUCAAGUUCACAGAAAUAAUUUGUCACACAUGUGUUUGGUAUCAGCAGGGGCACUCUUGGAUCAGCCUAAUUAGCUGUAGUGAUGGAGAAACAAAAUCCAAACCAUGUGGCAGAUCCUUCUCCUAAAGUUCAUGUAAGCCUCUUUGAGUCAACCUUUGUCCCUUCCAACCCCCCAGCCCCCCAAAAAAUCUAUAUGUAGAAGUUUCCACAUCUUUAGUCAAUCCUUGUCUCUUCUCCCUACUUUGUCAACAAACUUGCACUCUCUGCUGCAUUUUUAGCAGGGAGUGGGCUUGCUUCAGUGCCCAACCAGCUUGAUACAACUGGAAUGUAUAGAUUGCUGCCUCCAGAUGUAAUCUGAAGUGAGUGGGAACAGCAAGAAAUAUUCAGGGCUGCCUCCUAGGCAACUCCCCAUUUUGAGGUGCAUUUGCCUGUUUUAAGAGGCCAUGUCAUUAAAGCUUAGCCUAACACAAUAGUGCCAGAAAUCCUUCCAUUUUAGCUACACUUUUGAUACUGAGUUGUACUGUGUCACAGUUGUCUAUACUGCAUUUGAAAGAUUAGAGGAGGGUUUGGGCACGGAAUACCAUACCAUGGUCAAGCUCUGUGAGUAUCCAAAUCAGAGAUUGCAGGGGGGACGACGACUCAAAAACAUCCUUUCUCGUCUCCUGAAUAUGCGAUUAGACUUUAGGCUACAAACUUUGCCUUGGUACCUAAAUCUGGUUUCUUUUCAGCAGCUCUACUCUAUUAAUUAGCCUCUGAUUUGCAGACCAACUUACUCAGUGGAUAAUUCACCCCUGAAACUGGGCAUCUUUGUAGUCCCUAAGGACUAAAGUAGACAGUAUACUCCAUGCGUGAAUAUAUUUAAUGUGCCUGGAUUAUUGCUAUUUAAAUAGCAGCUAUAAGGGUAGGGAGAAUCAGGACUAUGGGUGUUUAACCCUCCCUGCACUGUAAUCAAGAUGAAAAUUGCUCUCCCCCAAACUGUUAUUCACCUCCUGGGGCAAACAGGAGCUUGGGGUGAUUUUCAGGGGAGAUUACACAGCACAAAGGGAAAUGUAAGGAUGACAGAUGGUUGGUUCUUUAAUUGUAUAUUUUUAUCACACAAGAGGGGAGAGAGGCAACUUGUUUUGCUCAGGCUCCAAAAUACCCAGUGGUUUCCACAUUUCCAAAUAAUGGAUACCACCAAUGAGGUUUUCCUUUGUUUAAAGCUUAUCUCUGAAAUACACCCUUCCACUUUGCUGUAACAUGAAGUUGUCCGCAUCUCUGUUAGUCUUGCAUUACGUUAUCCAUUCAUAACUGCUGAGCACCAGGUGCUGCCAUCCGUCGGUGACUCAUAGGCCAGAUAUAAAUAACAAGAACCUCCAGAACAGCACAGAGGGUAAGGAGAGGGAAGAUUGUUCCCGUGAAGUGCUUGUUCUGAUGGAACAAUUGCCAUAGCACAGGCAUGUCCAACUCUCAAGAGACUGCGAUCUACUCCCACUAUAAAAACACUGACAAUGAUCUACCCAUUGGAGCUUUUUUUUUUUCAGGAGUCAGACCCAAAGUUGUUGAGCUUUUUUGGGGGGGCGAUCCAUCAGGAUCCUGGGAUCAACCGGACAUCCCUGCCAUAGCACAACGUCUAAUUCCUCCUGUGGGAUGGGCACAGCUUUGGCCUUGUUGUUAUUUAAUGUUGGAGCCAGUGUGGUCCAAUAAAAUAGAGGGUUGAGCUGUGAUCCUGUAGGCUUGGAUUUAAAAUCUGUCAGCUGCAACUAUGUUGUGUGACUUUGGGCAAGUUUUUAUCUUUCAGCACCAGAAGCGCCUUCUGUGUGGUAUAAAGUUUCAUGUUUGCAACUGCAUCUGUUUAUUUGCCCAAUUCCUCAUUCUGAACUGCUUUCCUAUCUUUUCUUUCUUUUUCCUUUUCUUUUUCGGAAACCAAAUUUUCUAGUACUUUAUAUGCCCAUAAUACAAUACAAUGGGUUUCCCUUACGGCUAUUCUUAAAAUAGUGUAAGGAUAAAAAGAAAAAAGAUAUCCAGGGUAUUGCUUAUUCAAGUUAAUAUUUUGAUCCACCAUCUGUGAGAUGCUAUACUACAUUGUUGACCAUUCCAGAUAUCUGUAUCUUAUUAUAUAACCCCUGGAUAUGUGUAUGGUCUAUUAAAAUUGUACUGCAGUGCCUCAGCUAAUGGGGAUGUGCCAUCUCCAGCAGAUGUCAUCUUCCCUAGGAAGGGUUAAAGCAUGUUCUUGCCAGGCCCAAGUGUUAGGAAGGGCCAGGCUUGGCAUUUUCUAGAAGUUAUUUAUUGUUCAUCUUUAAUGGAUUUUUCUAGCUGUAGAAACGAAGAGGGUGACGAAUAUGAUGUUUUUCUGUUAUGGCAAAACAGCAUUACAAGCAUUUAUCUCUGCAAGCAUAAAAUAGCCUUGUGUGCCGUGCCCCUGAAUUCCCCCAUGCACAACCCCUUUCCCUGGAUUGGAGGAAGGGGAGAAGCUAGUUAAUGAGUUCCAGAAGAUCAGCUGUAAAUGGCCAGGGAGGGUAAUUCAUAUCAAGCUCAUAAAACUCUUUAUUGAUGUCUCCAGAGGGGAAAUCCGGAUGUGGCCGUUUAUUUAUUCUGGAUUUUGCUUCUCUCUCUCUCUCUCUCUCUCUCUCUCUCUCUCCAACCUCCCCCCCGCCCCCUUUAAUGUUUUCUUCUGGUAAGUUUUGCAUGGCGUUUUAAAGGAACAGAAUAUCCCAUCACCCCAACAGUUAUUGGGAAUCUUUCUCCCUCUACACAGCACAAUGCCUCUCCCCACCCUCAAUUCAAUUCUGCCCCUCUCUUUCCCCUCCUCAUAGGGGAGCCUUGCUUCUUCCGGCAUUAUAGUUUGCUCUUUUUGGAUCUGGAUCUCAAUUCUAUCCGAGAUGGCUAGACAGCUAAAGAAAUGUGGUGGAGUAGGAGGGUAGGUGGGACAGGCUGGAUUUGCCAUGCUUUUCCUUAACCCAUAUUUUUUUUUAAGGAAGAGGUGACACCUUCAGAUCCAGUGGUGGUUUACUUAAGGCCAGCUAGCAUUUAAAGACACUCGAACUCAGGGCACAAGGGAAAAAUGUGCUAGGAGGAAGGGACGCUUGGCAAAUCCACACCGUGAUCAACUCCUGCCCAGAAACCAAUGUCCCCACUGUGGAAGGAUGUGUGGAUCCAGAAUUGGUCUCCACAGUCACUUACAGACUCAUUGUUAAAACCCUGUUUAUGGAAGACAAUCUUACUCGGCUACGAGUCAUAGAAGAAGAAGAAGAAGAAGAAGAAGAAGAAGAAGAAGAAGAAGAAGAAGAAAGAACCUAGAAGCUGGCAAAGAAGUAUAACUGACAUUUGGUGUUACCUUACUCCACUUGUGUUAAACUUUUGGAUAGCAUCCACAGUUAAAACCUAUAAGCUUCAUACACCUUCAGCAAAGUGUCCAGCUUAGGUGGUUUUUAAAACAAUUAGGCAAAUUCAUGCAGGAUGGGUCCGGCACUGUCUAUGGACCAUGGCAGCUGUAAAUGCAUCCACGCAAUUCCGCCGCAAAGUAUCUCUGAUUAACAGAUGCUACAGCAAGCCCACAGAGAAUGGAGGACUCUCUAUUGAACUCUGUGAGUUUUGCUGCCGCUUGUGAGUUUUGCAGUAUUCUGUUGGAGGCAGAAUGUUGGACUAUAUGGAUGCUUUGCCUGACCCAGCAAUUGUAAUGUUUCAUGCUAGACAGUUCUGUCAUCAUCCUUGAAGAAGUACAAGGAUGUGGGCUUAAACCCAAUGUUCACAUGUUUCUGCUUUCUUUCAUAAAAGGCUGUAGCCUCCCAACAUUUCAUAGAGGAAAACAGGUCCCCUGAUAAGGGAUGGAAGGAUCCAUCAAGUCUGGUUCCCUCAGUUUCUCAUUUUUCCAGUCUUAAAUUUCGUUUUCCACAUUUCUGCAAUGAAUAGUGAAUUUUCUUUGUAAAAUCCGCAUGAAAAUUUUAGUGCAGUUGUCUUCUAAGAAGCACAUUUUCAUAUGCAGUUUUGACUGUUGUGCUGAUUUUUGGAAGCAGUUUCUCCUAAUACAGUGGAACAUCGGUUUUUGAACGUAAUCCAUUCCAGAAGACCAUUCGACUUCCAAGGCAAUUUCGAAAAUGGAAGCAAUUACUUCCGGGUAUUCGGUGUUCGGGUUCCAAAUUGUUCGGCUUCUGAGAUGCUCGAAAACCGAGGUUCCACUGUGUGUACAUUUUCACAAUCUUUUUUGGGGGGUGGGGGGGAUACCUGCUUCACAAAAUUUGCUAAGUGCAAAUUUUGAAGGAUAGUUAUGUUUUGGUUCUCAUACAGUUUCAAAAGGUGUGAAUCUGAUAAACACAGCUUUAAGUGUGAACUGAAUCAGAUUUCUCCCCCAUACUACAUUUCUUUUGUAUAUAAUAACCUUGGGAUUUAUAUGGGCCACUUCCAUGGGGUUAAGAGGAUGAAGGGACCACUGUUCCCUUCAGCCCCAGCCAGUAUGGUCAGGCAUUGUUGGAGCUGUAGUCUCAAACAACCAGGUAGGGGCAAUGAGUGGGGUUGUAAAAGGCUAAUGUAUCCUUUCUUGUCCAUGUACCGCCAGCAUCUCUAUCUUUGCAUAGGAUGUUUCUUUUUUGUGCUGCUUUCCUUCACCAAACUUGAAUUAUUAAUCAUUCUGGCAUCUUGCCUGUUCACUUCAGUAGAUCAUCUCUUCCAUCAUACCUGUAUCCAGUUAUCCAUCCCAUUCAUGCCCACAGAUAGGCAUGUUUACUCAUGCAAGAGGCAAAUUUCCUUGCAUUCAUGUGGCAGGAAGGUUUUCACAGGACUACAGACUGAAUGUGCCCUCCUUUAAUCUUUCUGACAAUGACUCUUCCAGGCCUGGCCUGGCUAUUAUUCACAGUGAUGUGGGCACCUCAGGCAGCAGAUGCUGGGAGAAGUGACGUGGUGGAGGACAAAACGCUCUGCCCUGAUCCAUCACUGAUACUGAAGUAAGAUUCAACUGUCAGCCCACUCGAAUUCUGUACAUAAAGCAGGAUGGCCAUCUUGUCCUUUGCCUCGGGCAGCAAAAUAUAUAAGGCCGGCCUUAUUCUCUUUCUCCCUUUUUUAACCCUACAGUCCAGAAUAGCCACUUCACAGCCCCCCCCCCCCGUUCCUAAAGAAGUUGGUAAAGGCAUCUUCUCCGCUUAGUUGCCUCAGCGUGACCUCCAGCAUGGUUCCUUGGAGUCACUUUCUAAGAAUCACUUUUGAUUUUCAUUAAGUUCUCCCUCGUCCUCAUCCUUUCUCAUUUCUGGCUGUUCUUUUGGCAUUUUCCUGGGAAGUCAUUCUUCCUUGACUAUAAUUAGUUUUAUCUGGAGAUGACUGCUCAGCACUCUCCACAUUAACACCAAAUUUGCAGCGUCAAGUGCGACUUUUAAGCUCACAGGACAAAUUCAUGGUGUUGUGUAUUGGGGACUAAUUUUAGAAAGAAAGAGAAAACAAAGCAUGUUUCUGCAGUUGUGUGUGACCUGAAGCUAACUGCGCUGUUUUUUGCAAGUGCCAAACUGAAUAAGUAUUGUGGCACUUAAUUAGAUCCCGGUCUCUUCAUGGAAUUUUAAUGGUUUCAGCCCAGUGGUUGCCCUCUUCUUCGCAAACUUUAGCACCUUCAAACUUGUCAGGAUUUCCCCCAGAUUUCCCCCAGGUGUGGGGAGAAAAAAAGCAUGUAAUGGCAGUAUCUGAGCUGUGCCAGGUACUGGAUAAGGGAUUGUGGUGUCUCCUCUGCAGGCAGAGCAUGAGAAAUUCAGGAAGGAAGAUGACACAUUUAGGUUGAGUCACAUGAGGGAACAACUGGACCGGUCCCUGAACAGCCUGCAACAGGAAUUGGAGGAUACCCUGAGGCAAAACGAACACCUGCAGGUCAGCAAGGACUUACUGAACCUGGAAGGGGGAAGGCAGGAGGACAUGAAAGGAUCUGGUCUGAAGGGACAUGAGGCGGGAGAAGGCACAUGCUGAGGCUGAGCAGGGUGAUAUGAAAAACAUGAAAGAGAGUGGGUGCUGUGGGUGCUACCUAGUGAAAGGUUACACAUAUUGUGGAGACUAAAGGGAUGGGGAGAGGAGGGCAGCUGAGCAGGUUCUUAAUUGUGCCCCUUCGCCCUAACAGCAGUUUUCCACCUGAGCUUAAAAUGCACUGGGACCAUAGGCCUGAGAGCGUGUUCCAGCAUCUACCUCUGCACUGGACUGAUCCUAAAAGGGCCGAUUAUGUUGGUCUCCUUGUAUGGGCCCUUUCUUCCUAGUCUUGCAAUGAGAGGAAAGAGACCUAAGAGCUUCAGGGGAUCAGUAUUCAGCGGGUAUCAGGAUCACAACCUCAUGAGCUGGACCCAAUUUGUGUGCUCAUUCUAGGCCAAGAUUGCAGAGCUGGAACGAACACAUGCUCAACAACUGAUGGCUCUAACAUCCCGUCAUCAGCUAGACAUGGAGUUGGAAACAGAGAGGCUUCACAGUGCACAGCUCCAGUCCGAACGUAAGCUGGAGUCACGAGAGAGAACUCAUCGGCAGAAAGUGAAGAGCUUAGAGGAGCAGGUAGAGUGGGGAACUAGACUGGAUAUUUCUGUUCGUAUCCAAAUUCCCCAGUGAUGCCCAGGUUCUGUGACCAGAAUUUAUUGUGCAAAUCAAAAAGGUUUUGCAAAAUUUUGUAAUGAUAUUUGGAGUUUUGAGGUGAGAACUGGGGUGAUGGUUGGAAACAGAGGGAAGAACUGGGAGUAUGGGCAUUUUUGAAGUCAAAAGGGUGAGGACACUGAGGAAAGAGAAGAAUGCACCAUUGUUUAUGGAUUCCUCCUCCCAAAUGCUUCCUGGCUCUCUAGCGCAGAAUGCACUAGAGUCCAAGAGGUAAUUUCUAGUGUUGAACAGCAAACAUCCAUAGAGCACAAGCUAACCUGUGAGGACUAAACAGCUCCAUGGUUUUCUUGUACCAACAGCUUAUACUGCUUGUGAAUCUGGGAUAUGAUGCAGUGGUGUGUUGCUUUCUCUGCCCUGGAGAAAGAGAAGCUGGGUGGUUGCUUAACCCCUAAACCAGAUAAGGGGUAUCAUUAUGGAGCUAUUUCACACACUGCUUUUCUAAGUUAUGAAAGAAUCGACUUGACAAACGUGUGUUCAACUACCUGCAUCGUGCAAGUGCCCGAGAGGUUGGGAUUGAUGGACUGCGUAAAUGAUAUCAGAACACAUUCAGUGUGUAAACUAGCCCUUCAGAUUUAACAGCAUAACAGCUAGAGGAGGAAGGUUAAGUAGGACUGCAAGAGAAGUGGGGGAGGUGGGGAGAGAUCCGAUUUAAUCUACUGUUCAACACAAGGCCUUCUCAUCAUGAGGACAGUAAGAGCACCAGACCCUUCUCCUGCUUCAGUUUAAUAAUCCUUGGUAAUAAUAAUUGUGGAUAUUUUUCUCAAUCAUGCUGCAGCCCUAAGAAAAAGAAUAUGAGUAUGAACUUUUCCUCUCUUGAGGUCAAAACUACAUGUUUAUACUAGCUUUAUGCUAGCUUCCUAGCACCCAGAAAGAGAAGGCCAGCAAGUGGACAGAGGUGAACAGGCUUCUGCUAUCUCUCUAGGCAGCACCAUAAGCUCUGGACAUCAUAAGCAGUUUACCAUGUUGCCCAGACAGGGUGAGCCAGAAAUAAGAAUAGAGGUUUAAAUAGUGGAACAGAACAGAAGAGUGGUUUAUAUGAACGUAGCCCUAUUUGUCGACAUGUGUUUCCCCAGGUGAAUGCUCUGAAAGAGCAGCUGGAUCAAGAAGUGAGAAGACGACAAGCCUACAUGAGCCAGAAACUUCACACUGUGAAAUGAUUCAGAAAUGAACAUUGUGCCCUGAUCCCAGACAACCAAACACAGAACCAGCCUUCAGCAGAAUCCUCACAGCUCAAGCACUGCAAUCUCCUGCAUAAGGGUGCUCAUCUGAUUCUUGGUCUGAGAAACCAGAGCUCCCAGACUGACAGUGCUAGGAAGUAAUGUCUCCCCCACCCAAGGAGCAAAUACCCUGAAGACUUGGAAGGCACAGUCAAGACAGCAAAUGACUAGGCAGCCUGCAGCCAAGAGGAAACCCUGCUGUGGGGGCAGCUGUUCUCUCUAAGAUGCUUGAAACCCAGGGCACUGAUGCUUAACUAAUUAAUUUAGGACAUUUGACGAGGGCAUUCUCUGUUGUUUGGUUUUCUGGGUAGAGUAUCCCUGCGUGAUCCCCGUAAGGUUUUAUAUUCAGGCUGUACAAACUGGAAAAUUCCACAGCCCAGAAAGGAGCAUUUAUUAUUGAAAUACCUCUGCAUUUCCAUCACUGACCAGGUUAUUUUAUUCUCCCUCAGGGUUUGAAAGUUGCUGUCAAGUCCUUCCUGGUGCCUCGUACUGUAGCCAUACCUGUUUAGUCAGUGGUAUCCAUGAUGGUGGCGGCUGUCUGACAAUGAUGUCACAGAUCCAUAUAUUACAUGCCCUUCUGCAAAUGAAGGAGGCAGGUAUUUCUGCUGCCAUCCAGAUCACACUGUGCUAUAAAGAGAAGUUUUGAAGCAGAGUGUGAACCACACCCAGGGAUUGAUCAAAUCCUUUGCUGUGUCUAUGAACAUCAAGCCAUUUUCAUGGUGGCAGGUGGCUGAGAUUAGCUCAAAGCCAAGCCAUCUUAUGACUUGCUGGCCCCAAGACAUGUCAGAGUGUUAACAUUCAACAUUCCACCCACUCUGCCGGCUGACAGGCUCCAAGGAAAUCCCUUUAGGAAUCAAACUUUGGUUUCCUUGGUGAUGACAGGGAACCAUCUUGGAGCUGCUGCGAGUGUCACCUGUUAGCAUUGUUCCACAUUUUUUCCUCGUGAAUGUUUGUUUUUCCAAAUGUGGUACUGCGAAUUAUUAAAAAUAAAGAACCACUUCCUAAAGAAACCGAGGAGAGCAAUUUCCACUGUGCUAAUGUAUAAAUACUGCACAUUCUGUACUGGCUUAUUUAAUAUUUGUCAUGUAGCCCUGAAAAUUACCGUUUUAAACAACAAAAAAGAGUUUUGUGGCACCUUUUAAGAGUAGCAGAUUUACUGCAGCAUAAGCUUUCAUGCCAACUCCAGUGGGCUGUAAUUCACAAAAACAUAAGCUACAAUUAAUCUGUUAGUCUUUCAGGGGCCAUAAGAUUAACCCCAUCCACUACAGCUCCCCACACACCAUCUCUCACCCUGUUUUUAAGGGUUCCUCAACUCUGGAGAGGAUUGGGGAGUCACAGCAGGGCAGAAGGUCUAUAUGUGAAAAUUGCCUUCUUACUGCCCACCCCCCCUUCUACUGACAGAAGCCUCCUCUGCAUUAAAGAGCUUUCCUUCAUCAGAGAGAUACCACUGGGUAAAAUACUUGCUGUUUUCUGUUGCAACAGACUAACAUGGCUGCUCUUCUGAAAGCUGUACAGUGGUACCUCGGGUUAAGAACUUAAUUCGUUCUGGAGGUCCGUUCUUAAUCUGAAAGUAUUCUUAACUUGAAGCACCACUUUAGCUAAUGGGGCCUCCCGCUGCCACUGUGCCGCUGGAGCACGAUUUCUGUUCUCAUCCUGAAGCAAAGUUCUUAACCCGAGGUACUAUUUCUGGGUUAGCAGAGUCUGUAACCUGAAGCAGCUGUAACCCGAGGUACCACUGUAUAAAAUAAUUAUCCUCCUUCUUAUCAUAGAGUUGGAAAGGACCCCAAGUCAUCUAGUCCAACCCACCCCCCAUGCAGGAAUCUCAACUAAAGCAUCCAAGACAGAUAGAUUGCCAUUCAACCUCUGCUUAAAAGCCUCCAAUGAAGGAGAGUCUACAACCUCCCGAGGGAAUCCAUUCCACUGUCAAACACCUCUUAAUGUCAGAAAGUUCUUCCUAAUGUUUAGUCAGAAUCUUCUUUCUCCAACCUACCAGUGUUUACAAAGAUGCAUAUAUUUGGGG